UUUAGAGCAACGGCUUCUCAGGACAGUCAUUUACAUUGGUGGGUAAGAUGGCAUUACAAGCGGUAAAAUAUCGUCCACCAUGGACAUUCAUUAUGGCCAGCAGCACCGAUCAGGGAACAUCUUUCAUGCAGACACGUCUUCUUCGACGUUCCCAUAGUUCUGUUGCACCGAGGAAGAGUUCCUUGGCAGGUUGCAAUGAGAAACCUGAAAUACAGCAGUCGAAGUCAGCUUUCGUCAGAAGCCGGAAGAUAGGUUCGGAAUUAGUACGAAACGGUAAGAAAUACGCUCCGAUUAUUUUGAAACAAACAAAAUAUUCACCGAUGGAGACGAAGUUCGCAGCCAGAAUGGUACCUUUGACGGUUACGGCGCGAAAAACUAAAUUACGAAAUUUUGUCGAUAUUGUACCGCCUGCUCCGAUAACUAUUCCGAAUUUACCAAGAGAGGAAACGGAUGUUAUUGUCGAUCUGAACAAGGACGACAUUUCACGGGUUUUGGAAAAUUUUGCCAGAAGACCUUUGGUUCGGGAAUUAUCUGAGCAAAACAACGUAAAUAGGAAAAUGUUCCAUGCUGCUUAUAAAAGUUUCCGGAAUUACUGCUUACAUGCGUCGCCAUUAGACCCGUGUAUUGCUGUUGUAAUCAGUGAUAUUCUGAACAAAGCACGUGAUGUCGACAGCUUAUAUCCGUAUUUUAUCGAGCACGCCAAAAGGGUAUAUCCACAUUUGGAAUGCGAAAAGGAGUUGAAGACCCUAAGUGAUCUAACCAAACCGUAUAAUUGGUAUCCGAAAGCUAGGGAGUUAUUCAGGCGGAUACAUUUUCAUGCAGGACCAACAAAUAGUGGCAAAACAUAUGAAGCAUUGCAACAAUUUUAUCGAGCCAAAACAGGUUUUUAUUGUUGCCCGUUAAGGUUACUUGCCAAUGAAGUAUGCCAAAAAACCAAUGAACAAGGUAUCAAAUGUGAUAUGGUUACGGGUGAAGAACGGCGAUAUGCAGUUGAUGCUGACAGCCCCUCGUCUCAUGUUGCCAUGACUGUUGAAAUGGUGCCUGUUGAUGUAAAUGUGGAGGUAGCCGUGAUUGAUGAAAUUCAGAUGUUACGUGAUCAGAGUCGUGGUUGGGCUUGGACAAGAGCUUUACUUGGUAUUGCUGCAGAAGAGAUUCAUCUUUGUGGCGAAGAAGCAGCAGUAGAUAUUGUACGUGGUUUACUCGAUCCCAUUGGAGAACAUGUAGAAGUGCACCGUUAUGAAAGGAAAACUCCUCUUACUGUGAAUAAAGAGGCUUUAAAGAAGCUUGAUAAUGUUAAGGAUGGUGAUUGCUUAGUAUGCUUUUCGGUUUCUAUGUUAUUUUCGGUAGCUAAAACCCUAAUGAAAUUGGGCGUACAACCGACUGUGAUAUACGGAGCACUGCCACCAUGGACAAAACUAAACCAAGCGAAAACAUUCAAUGAAAUGAGUCGGAAGCCCAACGUAAUGGUUGCAACCGACGCUGUUGGAAUGGGUCUUAAUUUAAAUAUACGCAGAAUCAUAUUUGUACAAUUUCCAUUUGGUGAGCACCAAGCAAACUAUCACGUAAUGCAGGUUGCUGGACGUGCCGGUCGCUUUCAGUCUGCCUAUCAGAAAGGAUGGGUAACGACUUUGCGACCAGCGGAUAUGCCGUUGUUGGAGGCGUUCAUGAAAGAACCCAUCAAACCCAUUGAAACUGCUGGUAUUGCGCCAACUUCUGAACAGUUGGAGACCUUCUCAUAUCAUCUUCCUCAUGCUUCAUUUCUCAGUAUUAUUGAUAUGUUUAUAUCGAUAAGCUCUCUGAGCAAAAAGUUCCAUCUAUGUGACAUCGAACAAUUCCGAAAACUAGCCGAGCUCAUAGAUGACAUUCCUUUGAGUAUUAAGGUUAAAUAUGCUUUCUGCACUGCACCGGUAGAUAUGGAAGUAGAUAAUGGUGUUGCUCGAACAUGUUUUGUGCGUAUAGCUCGAAGGUUCGCCGAAGGUCAAGCAAUAAACUACAACUGGUUUUGUGAAAUAAUCCAGUGGCCGUUACCUAAACCGACCAGUGUUACAAUGCUUUUAGAUAUGUGUAAACUAUAUAACUUAAUUGACCUUUAUCUUUGGCUCAGUUAUAAAUUUCCGGAUAUAUUUCCGGAUCGAGAAAGAGUACGCCUGCUGGGGAAACUGAUCGAAAGCUAUAUAAAUGAAGCAUUGCUAACAAUGUCUGAGAUCACAUCAUCGCAACCGGAUGACGAAGAAGAUGGGUAUCUGGACGAAGUGAGUGAUCAAGGAAGAAUGGAGUCGAUUUCGGAACGGUUGUUACGGAAAGGAUUGGUGAAUGAAAGCGAGUUGUUGUCGUUAAGGGAAGAGAUUAGACGUGAAGAAAUUAAAAAAUUAGAAAACCAUUAUGGCAGUGAUGAGCAAAAUUAAUAAAACAGUCCAAAAGGAGUAAUUAAAUUUAAACAGUUUAGUUGGG